AUGUCUAAGCCAGGUUUCCGCGUCUCCCCAACUCCUACUUCCAUCGCCGGUUCCCGCGGGGACAAACUUAGGGUCGCCUCGGAUUUGUCUCGUCCGACGAAUCGCGACGUCAAGCCCAACCAGCAGCACAGUCGGCGAGCCGGUCUCAAUCCCACCGCCAGCAACGCCGCCGGCCGGGGAGUCGCCGGCACCAGCGACGCGAUCGCAAGGGGAUUGAGCGGUGCCGGUCGCAACGGUAUGAAUGACACUGUUCCAAGGGGUGUGUCCAAUUCCGGUGCGGUGUUGAGCGGUGCUGGUGGUACUGGCGGCGUCGGCGGUGGGUCGUGGCCAUCGGGGAAUAGUCGACGGCUGGCCUCUGCCGUGACUGCAGCGGCUGCAGCCGCAGCGGAACGCGCGUUGCUGGCUGACGCGGUGGCCGCGGCGAACCCCGAGACGCGCUCGCCGUUUGCUAGCCUCGGCGACGCAUGCGACAGGCUGCUCCCCUUCCACGUGUUCGCGGACUACGAUCCCGCGCUCGUCGCACUUCACUCCUCAACCGACCUCGCGCCUUCCGCAUCUGGCGCGCCUAGGGGCCAUUCCCCCGCGUCCCACCCGCCUCCCCGUUCUGUAGCAGCCGCGCACGCUGUGCCCCUCGCCCCGCCAGCAGCCGCUGGUUUAGGGGGAGAGCGCGGAGGGGCAGAGGCGGGGGCUGGCGCGCAGGCCAGUGGCGUGGGGAGCGGGUGGGGGGGAGGUGGCGGAAAGGGAGAAGGGGGGAAAAUGGGAAUGGUUGGUGAUCUGAGUGGCGCAAGUGAGAAGGUUCGAGGAAAGGAUGGUUUAGCGAACGAAGGAGGGGAGGGGGAGUAUGAGACCAAGGCUCGCGCUCUGCUGGAGAAACAACGGCAGCAGCAGGUAGUGGCGGCAGCACGGGAGGCAGAAGCAGUGGAGGGGCGAAGCAUGGCCCUGGUGAUACGAGGCGACGAGGUAGUGGGGAGGUGGGGAAGGAUGCGGGACGGGUGGCGGGACGGGGAGGCUUUGCGGGGAGCGGAGCAGCUGUUUCUGGCGCGGCUGCUGGUGAAUCAUGAGACUGCCCUGCUGCGGAAGACGGAGCAAGGUUGGCAGCAGCAGGAACAAGGGGAGGACUCGAGGGUUGGUGGUGAAAGAAAAAGGGACGCGGGCGAAAGAGCAGAGUUUGAUGAGAAGGGGGAUAAGGAGAUCGAAGAGACGGAUGAGGAAGAUGGGGAAGAGGGGGUGAAGGAGGAGGAUGAAGAGGAGGAGAGCGAGGAGGAAAGCGAGGAGGAGGACGAAGGGAAAGACGAUGAGGAGUGGAAUGAAAAAGACAUGGAGGAGGAAGAGGAUGAUGAUGAGGAUGAUGAGGAUGAGGAGGAGGAAGAGGAAGAGGAGGAGGAGGAGGAGGAGGAGGAGGAGGAUGAGGAGGAGGAGGUAAAGGUGAAAGGUGGGAAGGAGGAGGAAGAGGAGGAGGAGGAGGAGGAGGAGGAUGUUGAGGGUGGAGAAGAGGAGGUGGAGGAGAAGGAACUGGAGGAUGAAGAGGAGGAAGACGAAGAGGAAGAGGAAGGGGGCGAGGAGGAGGAGGUCGAGGAGCAGAGAGGUGCAGGGGAAGGCGAGGAGCAGGAGGAGUAUGAAGUGUCAGAGGAGGCAGCGGAGCAAGAGGGAGGUAGGGGCACAGGAGAGCAUGAAACCUAUGGCAUGGAUGGGGAUGGUGGCAUGCGGAGUGAUGGCAUGGGUGAUGGUGGUGGGGAUGGUGAUGUGGAGGGUGAUGACGGGGAUGAUGGUGACAUAGAUGCUGAAAUGCUCCUGGCUUUUGCAGGAGGGGAGGGAGAACGGGAUGGUUGGUGGGACAAGGACGGCGGCGGCGGCGGCGGUGGUGGUGAUGGUGAUGGCGGUACUGCUGUUGCGGAAGGGGGGCAAGGAAUUGGGGAUGGGGGAGAAGAGGAGCCGGAGGAGGAAGGGAAAGCUGGGGAUGAGGAAGGAGAGAAAGGAGGGGAUGGAGGCGAAGGGCAAGAGGAGGAAGAGGGGAGCGAUGAUGAUGACGAUGGUGAUGAUGAUGAUGAUGAUGAUGAUGAUGAUGAUGAUGAUGAUGAUGAUGAUGAUGAUGAUGAUGAUGAUGAUGAUGAUGAUGAUGAUGAUGAUGGGGAUGAGGAUGAUGAGGGGGAUGAGGAGGACGAUGAGGGUGAGAGUGAUGGUGGUGGCGAUGGUGUUGGUGAUGGCACUGGUGAUGCUGGUGCUAGCAAUGCUGGUGGUGAGUUCGGCAGUGGUGAUUGGCAUGCCCAGGCAUCGUGGCAAGACCAAGCACAGUGGCAGGAACAGGUGGAGGGGCAGGGGCAGGGGCAGGAACAGGUUGGGGGUGGAGGAGAUGUUGGAGUGAUGGAUAGAGGGGGAGAGGAGAAGAGUGAGGGGGGUGGGGGCACGCAAGGUUUGGAGGGGAGUUCAGAAGAAGAGAGUGAAGAUAGUACCAGUGGUGGGACUUCGGAGGAUGAUGAUGGGGAUGAGGAUGGGGAUGGGGAUGGGGAUGGGGAUGGGGAUGGGGAUGGGGAUGGGGAUGGGGAUGGGGAUGGGGAUGGGGAUGGGGAUGGGGAUGGGGGUGAGAAGGAUUCAGAUGAUGGCAGCGAGGGUGGUGGUUGGAGCGGGUAA